CAGAUGUUUGGCCCAGCUGAGAUCAGUAUCCCAAACCUGAUGACUGAGUGAAGAGGAGACAUAGGUGCAGAGGGAAGAAAUCAUGAAAAGAAAAAGAAAAUGAGGGAAAAGUGCAGCACAUAUGUGACCAUGAAGGCCGGCGUGGGACUCUUCUCUGCAUUGGCUCUGUUUCUCCUAAUGGGGGCAGUGUUUACCCAGAGACCUCGACCAAAGAAGCCCACCAGACGCCCAGCCACCACCAGGAAGCCUUCUGUCCCCCGGCCUGCUGUGCCAGCAGAGCCAGAGCCCCAGGAGCCUACAGACUUCCCCCCGCCUAUCCUGGGCCCACCUUCCGUCUUUGCCGACUGCCCCCGAGAGUGUUUAUGCACCCCAGACUAUCCAAACUCUCUCAACUGUGAGAACCGGAACAUCCGUGUGAUCCCUAUCAUCCCACCCAGAGCCCACUACUUGUACUUGCAGAACAACUACAUCUCGGAGGUGACAGCAGAAUCAUUUGUUAACGCCAGUGAUGUCCGCUGGAUCAACCUGGCAAACAACCGCAUCCAUCGAAUAGACAAAGAGGUGUUUCAGAAGAUCCCCUCUCUGUUGUACCUCUAUGCACAGCAUAACCAGCUGAAAGAGGUCCCUUCAGGCCUCCCAGCAAGCCUGGAGCAGCUUCGCCUCAGUAGGAAUCGCAUUUCCAAGAUCCCUCCUGGUGCCUUCAAUAAGAUGGGGAAUCUGACUCUGCUUGACCUGUACAACAACCAGCUGAGUGACAGUGACCUGGGAAGGAACAUAUUUAAGGGCUUGAACAGCCUGAUGCAGCUCAAUCUGGCCCGCAAUUCUCUGAAAAAGAUGCCUACUGGGGUACCAAAUGGCCUCAUACAGCUUUUCCUGGACAGGAACCGUAUAGAUGACAUCCCAAGAGACUACUUCCGAGGCUUCUCUCACCUGGCAUUUGUGAGGCUGAACUACAACCAGCUGAGUGAUAAAGGAGUUCCCAAGAAUGUGUUCAACAUAUCCACCUUGCUGGAACUGCAACUUGCUCACAACCAGCUCGCCUCUGUUCCUCUCUUCAAUGGUCACCUGGAGCACCUGCACCUCAACCACAACAGCAUUGAGACCAUCAAUGGCACCCUGAUCUGCCCAUACAGCCUGCAGGCCGUUGACAUCGAUAACAAUGUGGUGCCCAGACUAAGGUACCUGCGUUUGGAUGGAAAUCACCUGAGCCCCCCCAUCCCUAUGGAUGUCAUCAUGUGCUUCAGACACCUUCACUCUAUUGUCAUUUAGGAAGCUAAAGGCCUGGGGGCAUGCAUACACGCAUACACACACACACACACACACACACACACACGCACGCAUGUGGGCACACACACACAUGUACACGCACACAUACACUCACACACACACAGAGUCACUGUGUACCUGUACAUGCUGUGGAACUGUGUUACUGAAAGACGGACUCCAAAUAAAACCGUAAAACUUUGAUGGUUCAGUCUUUUUAUAUUUGAUGACAAAUUGCCAGAGAUUGGACAUACUGACAUUUAGGGUUAGGUUUUUGUAGGAGUUGCAAUUUAUCAGUCUUUUUUUUUUUUUUUUUUAAAUUUUUGUUGUUGUUUAAUAUACAAUGCAAAAAAAUGAAUGAGGAAAGCCUGAAAAUACAGGUACAUUGACAGACAUGCUACAGAUAUGGAGGGUAGUUAUGUUCAUAUGACCAGAGUAGAGCUGCAACCACGUAGGACAAACAGACCUGCAGUGGAUGUUAGAAGAACCAGUUUAAACAUAACUACCAUGUAGUUGAAACUGUCCAAAAUGUGCCUGUGAUUUUCAAGGUACUCCAUGUAAAAAUGUCAUUGUAUUCUUUUUAUUCUUAUCUCCUGUAUAUUAUUCUUCUGUAUAAAGAAUCUUUGUACAAAUAAUGGAAAAUAAACGUUUUUUCUUUGAUCA